AUGACUGCCACUCGCGGCCACAUGCUUUCAAACAAGCAUCCCAGCAGCACUCCGGCGGCGAGGAGUCGAGUCGAGUCGCGUCUCCGACCGAAUAGGUGGUGUCCGCUGUGCUCACAAACUACCUUCCGUUACAGUUACCUCGUAGUAUCUGCCUCGUGUGUGGUGGAAGAUACCAACCUCCUGUUGACACCUUGGUUGGGACUGGCGAUCCUCGCAGCUGAUGAACCAACAGAUGGCACCCACACCCAGCCAAUCUUGUAUACCCAUGACUGCCCUUCCCUCUUCCAAACCCUCUGCAUGUACGGACUGAUGCUGUACUCUAAUGUGGCGGCCUCUAAACCAUCAGAUCACCACUACGAAUCAGAUCCUUCCGUCCGCUUCUCCCUCUACUCGUAUGGUCCGUCACGCUUACGUCUCACUUCCGGCUCUUUUCAGGCUCGGUCGACUACCUCGGGGGGGAUUGAGAGGAAAGGAGCCUUGUCAACUACAUCUGCCCACUCUCAAGUACCUGAGGCCGUACGUAUCUUGGUACCUGUCAAGUGGCGCCCAUCACUUAACGCACACGCGACCUUGCCGUCUGAGACUUUGCCGCGCAACAACUGGAUGUUCCCCUUGCCAUCCCAAGUCAUUUCAAUACAUUGUCAGAACACGGCACAUUCGCUUCCUACUUCGUCCCCAAUGUUGAAACGUACAGACCGGAGCGAGCUUGACACGGCAACGAGAGCAUCGCCUUCGCAACCUCGAUCGAGCGCCCCUGAUGCUGGAAAGACAGAGACUUCGCCGCCAACGCGGAAGAGGCGCGCAUCAGGAACUGGGCAAGCAGCAUCGUCACUCUCAAUGUCGGGCCCGUCUAGCUCAGCAGCGUCAGCGGCAAUGGCUGCGGAUGAGCCAAGCAUGACUGACUUGUCCAUGGGUCCACCGCCGGCCAAGAAGAGUAGGACGAAUACUCCGUGGACUCCUGCGGAGGAGCAGAGGCUGAAGACCAUGCGGGAUGCUGGGAACAGUUGGGCCGAGAUCGCGAAACUGUUUCCGAUGAGGACCGAAGGAUCUGUAAAGAAGCAUUGGUAUAAGGAUAUGCACUAUGCCGAGUUCGCAGAAGACGACAGCCAGGCUCUUCUUAAUGCCAUCAAAGAAUACGAACAGAAUAAGUGGAAAGAGAUUGGCAAGAAAGUUGGCAAGCCUGCCAAAGCAUGCGAGCAAUAUGCCAAAGAGAAUUUUGGCGGCAAGAUAUAA